CGGCCGUGCUGCUCUCGGCAGGGCUGGGCCUGGCCCAGGACUACCCCUUCCAGGACCCCAGCCUGCCCUGGGAGCAGCGGCUGGACGACCUCAUGGGGCGACUCUCCCUGGGGGAGCUGGUGCUGCAGAUGGCGAGAGGUGGCGCCCAGCACAACGGGCCAGCGCCCCCCAUUGAGCGGCUGGGGAUCAAGCCCUACAACUGGAACACCGAGUGCCUAAGGGGCGACGCGGAAGCCCCAGGCUGGGCCACGGCCUUCCCCCAAGCACUGGGCUUGGCCGCCUCCUUCAGUCCCGAGCUCAUCUACCGCGUGGCCAAUGCCACCGCCACGGAAGUGAGGGCCAAGCACAACUACUUCGUGUCCACCGGCAACUAUGGCGACCACACAGGCCUCAGCUGCUUUAGCCCCGUGCUGAACAUCAUGAGACACCCGCUGUGGGGCAGGAACCAGGAGACAUACGGCGAAGACCCAUUCCUGAGCGCAGAGCUGGCCGUGGCCUUCGUGCAGGGGCUGCAGGGCGACCACCCUCGGUAUGUCAAGGCCAGUGCCGGCUGCAAGCACUUCAGUGUGCACGGGGGGCCCGAGAACGUGCCUGUCUCCAGGUUCACUUUUGAUGCCAAGGUGCUAGAGCGGGACUGGAGAAUGACCUUCCUGCCCCAGUUCCAGGCCUGUGUGGAUGCCGGCUCCUACAGCGUCAUGUGCAGCUACAACAGGAUCAACGGCGUGCCCGCCUGCGCCAACAAGAAGCUGCUGACCGACAUCCUACGGGCCGAGUGGGGCUUCCAGGGCUACGUGGCAGAGCAGCUGAUCAUGCUGGCCCAUCGCUACACACACAGCUUCCUGGAGACGGCCAUCGGUGAGCCUGGGCGCAGGGCAUGGCCCUCUUGCUGCUGGUUCUAG